AUGGCAGAGAUCCGCCCCUCGCAGCUGCCAAGUUCAGGAGCCGUUGGCUGCUUCGGGGAGCGCCUGCGAAGAAUGGGAAACGCCUUCGAGGCUGAGGUGCGGCAAGCUUUGGAGGUGGCGGUCAGCAAGGCCGAAUGUGAAUCAAAUCUCCUGCGGGAGGAGGUGCAUUGGCUGCAAAGCCAGCUAGAGGCAGAACGCCAGCAAAACGCCGCCAGGCUUUCCGGCUGCUCCGACUUGAAACGCAAGCUCCAGGAAGCACAACAGGACCUGCAGAGGGAGAAGGAGGCCAGGGAGUACUGGCAAGCGGAGUUCAAUGCAAAAGAGGAGCAGUAUAGCCUGCUUGAGGCGAAACUCGCUGCACUGGCGAUGAUUGAGGCUGAAGCUGCUGAGGAAGCGAAGGCUGCAGCUUGCGCAUUGAUGCCCAAUGGUGGCCAAGAGGCCUCCGACCUUGGCGUGGAGGACCGAGAUUUGCCCCCGGUGCUCAUUGAAGACGCCGAAGAGAAUGCUCCGCGCCCUGCUGAACGAUCCGAGGAGUUGAGCCAGGAGUUCGAGGAGAUAUCCAUGCGUUUGGCAGCUGUGCCCUUGCGGGACGAUGGAAGCUACGAUCGGGACUUCUGA